AUGCCUCAUCACGGGCAUUAUCAUGGACGGGGCCGUUGGGCACCGCAAGAACUGCCUCAAAAGAAACAGUUCUUCGAUCUGGAACCUCAAUAUUCUACCGGUUAUAAUUGGGUCCAUUGUGCAAUAAACGAAGGCAUUCUUCCACUGAACGCAGUUCUAGCUGGCACGGAUUCCGACGGAUCACCAAUAUACGUUGGACGCGUUAAUCAUGAUGGAAAUGUGCUGCCGGCCAAAGUUAUCCCUAUUCGUCGAGUAGCAUACUUCUCCUAUAACGGAAUUGAAAUAUCUGAUCCGAAUAUAGAAGUACUUUGUGGAUUGAACUUUACUUGGAUCCCUAGUGAAAAAGGACUUCUUCCGAAGGGCGCUGUGCUUAGUGGAUAUUCCUCCACCGGUGAACCAAUAUACAUUGGGCGAGCUCAUCAUGACGGCAGCUUGACGCCUGGCAAAAUUAAUCCAAAACAUGGCUGUCUUUACAUAGCAUAUGGUGGCCGCGAACAUGCACGCCCUAACUACGAAGUCCUAGUUGACGCUAAAAAAUUGGGAGAACCGAGUGUCGGCGGCAAAUGGAUUCCGGCCAAAAGCAAUGGUCCCGUACCGCCGGGAGCUCUUGUGGCCGGAAACGAUAGUGACGGAGCGACAAUCUAUUUGGGUCGCGUUUUCCGCCAUGGAAUGACUUUGCCGGCAAAGGUAAGUCCAUGCAAACGGAUGUGUCACACCGGUGACGAAGGGCUGGAGUUCGAGAUGGCCGAAUACGAAGCCCUUUGCUGCUCUACCGCAUCCUGGAUACCUUUCCAUGGAGUGUUUCCAAUCAAUGCAGUAGAAUGCGGGCGUGAUAGGACUGGAGAAAAACUUUACUUUGGACGAGGUCGUUACAAUGGCAGUUUGACACCAGGGAAAAUACUCGAGUGGAGCAAAGUGCUGAAGAUUCCGUUCGGGUGGAAAGAAAUUCCCCUUAGAGAAUUUGACAUUCUCGUUGAUAACAGUAACAGUUCGUCAUGUACCGUUCAGUUAUUGGAUUGGACUCCUGGUACCAACGAUUCAGCCGCCCCAAAAGGCGCGCUUUUAGCAGGACACGAUAGCGACGGAGCUCCGAUCUAUUUAGGCCGGGUAAUGUUCGAAGGAAAUCAACUACCGGCCAAAGUGAUUCCCCGCAAGAAGUUAUGCCACACCUGUCACCAGGGCAAGGAACUAAUGAUGAUUUCAUACGAAGCACUGUGCAACGCCAGAGUGUCCUGGAUACCGUUCCACGGUAUCAUUCCUCCGAAGGCGGUUCUAUGCGGUCAUACACGGUGGGGUGAAGCCGUUUAUAUCGGGCGUGGUCCACACAAGGGAAGUAUUACUCCCGGUAAAAUAUUGGAAAAUGAAAAGGUGCUUAAAAUUCCUUUCGAAUGGAAUGAGCUUUCCAUAAGAGGAGGUGAAAUUUUGGUUCAUAAUUGA